UAUUCAAGAUAGUAAAUUAAAGGGAUUUUAAGCGAAUAAUGUAUCGAUUUUUCUAAUAGUUGACUGUGAGAGAAUGUCAUAAAUUUUGAAAGCUAACGAUAUAUGUUUAUCAUAUUUACAAUCAGUUGUAAAAACAUCCAUUAAAAUUGUCUUUAGUUUAAAGCUAUACGAUACGAAUUUGACAUUAAUUAGUGCUUUAAGGCGUCAUUAAACCUUAAUGGACGUUUGUGCAACUGACCGUUGGUAUUGUAAUUGUGUCGAGCAGCGUAUAAUGUUUAUAUAUGUUCACACAGACAGUAAGCAUGGGUGCUAAGCAGAGCAAGCGCUCGGUGGACAUCAGCGGGAAGGAGGCAGAGGGCGCGGGCGAGGUGGCGGCGGCCGGCGCCGGCGGCGAGGGUCGCGUCGAACAGUUGGCGGACGUUGAUGCGCUCAAACCGCAGCUCAACGGUGACGCGCACAUCCACGAACAGACAGAUAAAGAAAAACAACUCGAUAGUGGUACACCCGAAAACGAAAAAGACGCCACCACAGAGAAAGAAGCAAAACAAGAAGAGAGUGAAGAGAAGGAAGCGGUCGUCAAUGGCGAUAAUGCUGAACAGAAAACAGAAAAUGGCGAGUCUGCCGCUACACCAGAAGAAUCGAAGAAACCCAAAAAAGAAAAGGCCGCUGAAGUACCUACAGAAUCGGAGAAAAAUGAAGAUGCGGAAGCAAAAACUGAAACCGAAAUUAAGGAGGAGAAGACCCCGGAAACUCCAGUGACGGAACCUAUAACAAACGGCAGCAACACGCCCGAGUCUCCUAAAGAGGAAAUAGUCCCAACAAAAGAAGUUGCCCCAGUCACAAGCAUCGAAUCGGAAAAACCCGAAACAAAAACAGAGCCAGAACCACAGCAAUUGCCUAUCAAUGGACUCUCCAUAGAUGAACCCAUUAAAGAAGAACCCGAAGUUGUACAAAAGGAAGAGAGCAAAACAGAGGAAUCUCCCGCCGAAUCAACUGAAACAGUGCCUGCCGUUGAAAUUCCUGUUCAAAAAGAGGUUUGUGUUGAUCAAAUGCCUUUGAUAGAGUCCACGCCUCCACCACUUCCCGCGAAUCCUCCUCCCUCUUCAGUGGCAACUUUUGCCGCCUCUACCAUGGCACCAGAUUUGACAGACGCUUCGCUAGCUAACACCGCUGAAACCGCAAUAUCAACACCGCCAAUCGUAGAUACUAAAGCCGAGUUACCUAAAGAGUGCCUUUCUGAGUCAUCCCAUACAGUUUUAACUAAUAAUGAGUCCGAUAUUCACGUCCCCUCCCCAAUUCAACCGAUUCAAACUGAAGUCAAAGCGACAAACGAUAGCAUCGUGGAGAACCUCGAGGAUGUACCAACAGAACACAAAUCUACGUCAGAGAUAAACAAUGACGAAACCGAGGUUAAGGAAAUCACCGAGAUCAUCAAAGAGGAAGAAGUGUUGGGCAAUUCCGAACCGGAAGUGCCCGAAGUACCAGAAGUACCCGUUUUACCAGACUCGCCUACUUUACCGGAAACGCUAGAAUCCGACACGUCUGACACCACCGGCGACUUACCACCUCCUCCGCCACCCGAAGACGACGACGAUACGUUGAACGAGGAUGUCGCAAUCGAGAAAAUCGAGCCCCCUACGCCAGACGAGUUGCGAGAGGUCGCUAACGUUAUCGAUUCCGUGAUUUCGAACGCGGUCGAAUCGAACGGUAUCGAUAAGGAGCUCCUGAACGGAAAUAUUGACACGAAACAGGAGGCGAAUGAUGUGGAAUCGCUAGAAAACGCGACGAUCGAAUGCAACGGCAACACGUUGGAAGAAACUCAUGCUAAGCAGCCGAGCGCGGUGGAACACUCGGCAGCGUCGCAGCCGGCGCGCGCCUCGCCCGAGCCCCAGGUGACUAGCGGCAGCCAUGCUCUUGUAGUGGACUAGUAUCGUAACAUAAGGAGUGUUCCGACACCCGUUAACAGUUCUCGUAUUUAGUUUCAUGUGCAUCUCUGCCAGCAUGCGUGGACGAACGAUGACCGGAAGGAUUGGAGUGUGCUCGAAUGAUAUUACGUCUUUCGAACCGCUAGAACGCCACCCGCGGCCGUCCUCCUCCUACUAUCCCUUUCCUUGACGCUUCAUAUUUUGUAGACUUUAAACAUCAGCAUGUACUUCAAAGUUUGCUUCUGUGCUAACUGAUCUAAUAAUUUUAUUAUUAAGUUUGUAUGAAAUAUUUUCUUGUUGAGAACCCUGAUAAUAUUAAUAGUGCUAUCAUUUCACACAAGUCGAACUUUUGCAGUCUUUUGGAAUGUUUGAUAACAUUUUGGCUUACACCACUACCGUUUUGUCUUGCGCACUAUACAUAACUUAGUUGGCAUGGUCAUGUGUAAAUAUGGGAUAAAUAUGUAACUAUUUUACAUUAUGCAUUUACAACAAUAUAGAAAUUUAAUUUCAAGUCAGAAUUGUUGAAAUGAAGCAAAAGUUUUGCACACGUUAUCAUGAAACCAGUCCAUUUGUAAAUUAUUAUGAUAUCUUUGUUUUUAAUUAACCUCUUAACAUUUUCCUUUAUAUUAUUUAAACAAAAUAUUAGAAUACAUAUAAAGUAUUUGAUUAUUUUGAGAUAUUUAAAAUAGAACUAGUAUUUCCUCUUUAUUCAAUUAACAUAAUACACAAAAAAAUUAUAACAUAAUCAUGAUUUUACAGGAACCUGUUGCGGUGUCAGAUAAAAUAGCCGAUUUAAUCCCUGAAGUUCCUGUAGUACCAGAUUUGAACACAGAAACGGUACUGACAUAAUUAUAUAAUAAUAUAAUGUAAAUAAAUGUAUUGUUUUUAGAUUGUUAUCAUUACUAAUUACCGUUUUUCCUUAGUUACAGGAGAGUAGCGACGUGGUGGUUGCCAAUUAGGCAUAACUCGACAUCGUCGGGCGGCACACGACUGUGUCUUUGAAAAAGAGCCUUUAAUUUAUUUCUGUUUAGUACUAUGAUAUGAUGUCGAACCGAGUUCGAUUAUUAAUUAUAUCACUGUCAAAGAUGUGGAUUUUGGUUCCAAAUGUGACUCCAUACUGAAUGAAUAGUAUAAGUUUAGUGUGCUUUUGCUUUUGUAAAAUUAAGAUUUUAUACAAUUUAUUCGCUAGGAUCGAGUUUUUUUUAAUAAUUAUUAUUAUAUACAAUAAAAAGUUAUAUAGACAGUAUACGGUGCGAUAAGUUGGUGCCAUUAUUACAGGGGUUAGUUUGUCGUCGGCGCGUGGUUACUCGCUCACGAAAUUUACCUAAUUAGUAUCAAAUUGUAAUAUUUGUAAAAUAUCAGUGACAGCAAUCCCCCUUAUAGAUUAAUCUAAGUUUGUGUCAUCUUUAGUGGCUUAUUUGGAAAUAUUUUUAUGUAUCGAUAGUAGCUAUUUCACAGCAUAGAAGUGUCAACUUGAUCCCGAAAACGCGAUGAAGUGUUUUUAUUAAAUUUAAUAGGCCAAUUAUUCUGGAAAAGUACGGUUAGUGCAAAAUAGUUGUAAAAAUGCAUGGUGCUCGCGCCAUAAGGUUUGUUCGAAGACAAAGUUGGUGUUGGCUGUUUUACCGAAAAGUCAACUGUAAACAUUCGAAAUAUCAAUAAUUAUGAAGGGGUACCACUGAGCGACGUACGGUACGAGUAUUGGAUUUAGAUGUAUAUAUGAAUAAUUGAGUUUCCAUAUACAUACUGUUAUUUUAUGUCGAGUAAAAUUAAAGUUGAAAAUACGUACACUGUAAAUUGUUAAGAUUGAAAUAAUGAAUUCCGGUUAUCUCAUUAUGUUAACUCUUUAUGUGCACUUAUAUGAUAUUCAACGUUUAUAUUAAGUUGUAUAAAUUUAGUUUGUAUUCGUAUAUUGGCGGCUCUCUCUGAUGAACUCGUGAAAUUAUUAAAUUAAUUAAUUCGUGUUGUAAGUGAUCACAACUAUGCCUAAGUGAGACGUUACAUAUUUUAAAAACAUUCUAAAUUGUUCAAGUAACAUAUUAUAUGUCGUAGUAGAAAUAGUAAUUGAGGAUUAGCAUCAUUCUUAGAUUUUAUGAACUCGUAAAAUUUUGGACUAAUAUUCAGUGGCCAAGUUUUUUUAUACUAUACAAUUUUAUGCAUAUACAAACUUAAUUGUAAUUUCUAGAUUUGUAGUAUGUGUAACGUUUAGUAAGACGGCGCAGUACCGACUGGUUGUUGCCGUUAGUUUAUUGGGUCUCACAAGCAUAAGACUUGAAAUAUAUAACUUAUUCGAUAUUGUGUCAUUUCCUAUAAUUAAUACAGUAAACAUAUACCUAUAUGGUUUCAUAAUCAUUUUUGUAAUUUUAUACAUUUUUUAAUGAAAUUCGAAGUGACACAUCAGCGUGACUGGAAGUUGCUCCAAAUAUAAAUUAACAGUAAAUAUGAGUGAGACAUUCCAUAUCAAAUGCUUAAUGCAUUGCAGCCUAAGAUGUAUACUAUUACCACUUUCUCUGUUAGUGUGUAGUUUUUUUUAAUUUUCACUUUUGUAUAAUUUUAUUUCUGAAUAUUUUGCUUUACAUUUCUUAAAACAGGACAUCCAUGUACCCCAAACUAUUUGAUGUAUUGAAAGCAAGUAGGUUCUUUCGAAUGGAAUCGUCAAUACACGUUGUGAAGUCUCAUCCAGAUGUAUCCUUAAUUUGCUCACUAUGGCUAUUUGAGAAUUGUAUGAUAAUUAAUAUGUUAUUCCAAUUUUAUAUAAACUUAAAUGUUGAUGUGUGAAUGUCUCUAAUCAAUAAAUUUUAAAAUGGAUUUUUU